GGGACAUUGAAGAAAUGGCGCGGGGCGGAGCUUCAGCUUGUAGUACGUGUGCUUCUUCACAGUGAGAGAGCUAGCUGUACAGCAGAGAAGAAGCUGAAAUAAUGGUGUUACUCGAGAAUGAUUCGUUUCUCACAGAGCUCACUCGGCUCUUCCAGAAGUGUCGGACAUCAGGAAGUGUUGCCAUCACACUAAAGAAGUAUGAUGGCAGAACUAAACCAGUUCCCAAAAAAGGGCAUCCGGAGUCAUUCGAACCUGCUGAUAACAAGUGUCUCAUCAGAGCAUCUGAUGGCAAGAAGAAAAUUAGCACAGUGGUCAGCACCAAAGAAGUAAUCAAGUUUCAGAUGGCAUACUCCAAUCUUCUAAGAGCUCACAUAGAUGGUCUUAAGAAGAAAGAUAAGAAAAGCAAGAGCAAGAAAACCAAAGCCACACAAUGAGCCAUAGACUCUUAAUGGAAACGGUGGAUAUCUGAGCUGUCCAUUACAGGUUGAGGGGAAGGAAGAGGGAAGCUCCUUGUGAUGAUGUGAUCUCCAACUCCACUCAGCUCUCCUCCUGCUCACCUCAAACCUCCGAAUCAGAAUCCUACUCCUGGUGACUAUGUACAUAAGAUGCCGUUGUUUACAUGGUGAUGCUUUAUCCCCUGGCUUUUCAGUUCCAUCUGGUGAUUAAGAACAAGACCUGAGGAUUUUCAUUUUCUUGUACAACAUGGAGCAUGUCACCAUUUAUUGAAUCCUGCUUCCCCUGGGGCCAACCCCACAGAGCCCAAUUCUUAGCAGGCUUUGAUUUUUGCUUGUUAAUCCUUAUUUAUGUUGUGCAGGGUUGGCCUUUUAAUUUAGAAAAAAAAAACAAUUGUUUGUUUUUUGAGGAUUUGAAAGUCAUCCAGAAAUAGUUGAAUCAAUUUGUGAUUGCUCAGCGUAAUUUAAGUUUAGGUUUCAUUUUUAGUAAAACGCCUAACAAGUGCUCUCAUUUCUAUUUACAUGGCCAGACUAUGCUGUUCCAAUCAAAAAGGGGUUGUAUUGUCCCUGGCAUCAGAAUUUAAGUUCAUAAAUAAAGUUGUUUUUUUUGUUAAAAA